UUCACCGGAACCGGAAGUGACUCCCGGCGGCAGAGAAAACGGAGCCGGAGCGUAGAGGCAGCUGCGGCGCGAGGAAAGGAGGAGCGCGAAGGAUCGAGAGGCCACCGCCACCAUGAGUCUCUUAAACAAGCCCAAGAGCGAGAUGACUCCUGAGGAGCUGCAGAAGAGGGAAGAGGAGGAGUUCAACACUGGACCCCUGUCAGUGCUCACCCAGUCAGUGAAGAACAACACCCAGGUUCUUAUCAACUGCCGCAACAACAAGAAACUGCUGGGCCGGGUGAAGGCCUUUGACAGGCACUGCAACAUGGUCUUAGAGAAUGUGAAGGAGAUGUGGACAGAGGUCCCCAAGAGCGGCAAAGGCAAGAAGAAGUCUAAGCCAGUGAACAAAGAUCGCUACAUUUCCAAGAUGUUCCUGCGGGGGGAUUCAGUCAUUGUGGUCCUCAGGAACCCACUCAUUGCUGGCAAGUAAUGAAGUCAGAGCCUUCCCUUCCCACUGAUACUUGGCUUGGCCCAAUAAGGCACCCCAAGGGUUCCCUUGUUUUACCUUUUGUGAAUAAAUCCUUGCUGUUUUUUCUUUUUCA